GUUUUAGCUGUUUCAGCUUGUCCUUUUGAUUUGAUGUCCUUGUCACUAUCAUCGGGUGGCAUCGGUCGGAAGCCCUCCUCCCUCCUCCCGCCGCUCAACUCCUCCUCUUCCUCGGUGACGAGAAGAGCUGUCAGCUGCAGUGAAAUCAUCUGAAAAGACGAAAGAGACAUCAGACGAGAUGCUCCUUGGCCGCUGGAUGGUCGCGGCGGCGCCGCCGCCGCUGCUGUUGUUGCCAACGCUGCCGAUGCUGUUGCUGCUGCCAGCGGCUUGUCUGGCCCAGAGUGGAGAGGGCGACCCCGACCUGGAGGCCAGAAUCAGCUGCCUCUCUCACAUCACCACAGCAGAAUGCAGUUUCACCUGCAAACUGACCGGCAGCAGGAGCGAGGAUGACGAAGACGAGGAUGACGGCGUGGAGUCGAUGACUGUCUGUUUCACCAAGAUGUUCGAGAAACAAUUAAGAUGCCUGAGAGUGUCGGGAGAUUCGGUCACCUCUGCCGAGCUGCGCCCCCUGGCUCGUCUCAACCUGACCAUCCGCAUGAAGAGGGGGGCCACCGUCAGAAAAACACUCCAACUGAAGAAAAUCGUUAAACCUCGAAGUCCUGAAGUGUGGAAUGUGACCGUGAAGCAUGAGUCAAAUCAGGCUGUGUUUCACAUUCGGACUCCUUACCAGAACGACUAUCUGAAAGUUGAAAAUCAGCUUUUUCAGCUGCUUAUUUGGAACUCUCGCAAGAAGAUGGUUCUAAAUGUGUCGGCAUCAGAUAGGAUGGCCAUCGACAAGGAUCACCUCCAAAAAAACUUGAAAUAUCAGGUCAAAGUGAGAGCAAUACCGCUCAUUUCUCAGGGAGGGAGCUGGAGCGAAUGGAGCAACGCCUUGACUUUCUCCAUUUCGGAUGUCCAGGCACAAAAUCAAGAGAGAGAGAACGUGACAAGGAAGCUGGUUGCAUGUCUCGUCUCUUUGGUGGUGCUGACUUCCAUCUUGGGGGUUUUCUGGAAAAAAAAAAUAUUUCCUUACAUGUGGCCCGACAUUCCGCAUCCUAACCCCCCACUGGUGCACAACUGCAAACCCAAUAAAGUUGCCCUUCUACUCAACUUAAAACCAGAGGAAUUCAGUGCUCUCAAAAUCUACCCGGUGAUAGAAACAGGCGAGGAGGAAAGAGUUCGGGCUAUCCAUCGUGCAACCAGUGAUCUCACGCUGGCCAGUGGACUCCGUUCCACCCAAAACUCAGAUUGCAGCAUCACCACGGAAGAACUGGAGCUUUCCAUCUCGCCCAACAGCAGCUGCUCGGGUGGAGACGACAGCCUUCGGAGCUCUAGUUCGCCGCUUGUGGCCAACGCCGCACCUAGUCCCGGAGACUCGACACCGCCUGUGUUAGGAGCCUGUCAAAAGGAGGAGGAUUACGUCACCAUGUCCAGUUUCUACCAAAUCAAGUAGGACAAAGAUGGCGUAGCUAGGAUCUGUCAAACCUCCAAAUGGAAACCAAGUAAGAGGCUGGUAAGAGGAAUUGAUGCAUCAAGACCUCCACAGACUUUUUUUUUUUUGGCAUCCCCAUCAGAUAUACUUUUGUAAUCAAUUUCUAGCUAUGCUGCAAUGCGGUCUGCAGUUUUGUGAGACAAGAAAUACCAGAUGUUGCCAUCGUUAGAUCAAUGGAAAUGGCUUUAUUUUGGACUUUGUUUAUACAGUGCAGGUCUUGGUGCCUAAUUCAAAUAUGGUGUUGCUUUAUAUUUACACAUCACCUGACACCUGACGUUGCUUGCAUAGAGUUCCAAAAAGCAUCUAAACGACUACUUGCAACUCUGUCAACAACCUUCUCAAAAAAGACUAGACAGAAGUCAACAAUAAUACAUCAAUAAUUAUUGACUUGGCCUAGACUGACUCCGCCCCAAUCUGUUUAAAAAAUCUGCCAUGAAAUAUUUACAUUUAGAGCAAUAACAUUUUCUAUUAUCCUGAAAUUGGACUUCACACACCGUAGUGAUCACGGUGGGCGGGGUUGGAGGUGAGUUGCCUUGCCCUCAUCUGGUGGUCGACCGCACUUCUUGUCUUGACUACAUUUCUCAUCAGUCAGAUUGUCAGGGGGGGAUCGAACACAGGAAUAUGCUCUUUUCUGCACCUUGACCAUGGCUGGCCAAGAUCAGAAACUGCCCGCGUGUGCCCUAAACUACACACCAGUACAGAAACCGAAGCAAAAGUGUCUGAGAGUAUCUGAUUCCAAUGCGUUAUGUUGUGCUCAGAUUGUCAUGAUGAGACAUAUCUGAACUCGGCCACAUCGCCAUUUUGCGUAGAUGCAGCCUGGCAAAUUUGCUCAGUCUUGGACAUAAACCAGUAGUGACGAUUACAACUUGUAGAGAUGUCAUUUGUCAAUGUGUUCUUGUUUUUUUAAUUUUUUAUUUAUUGUUCUUUAAUUAUGCAUUUCACUGAUGUGUUUAAGUGUAACUGUAGCAAGAAAUGGCUUGAGGCAAUGGGAGCAAUCGCAAGGGGAGGCCCUUUUGGAUUUUUGCAAAGCUGCUAUUUUCUGAAGGUAUUUCAGCACGUUUCUUCAGCCUUCAUUAUUUCUGACAGAUUGUUGUUAUUAUUCUUAUUCAUGGGACAGGAUGUGGACAUAUGGAACAGGAUGUGUUGCUGCAGAAAUCACAUUUGUUCAAAGCUGCAACUUAUACCUCAUCUUUAUGCAGCUUUAAACAUGCUUUUUGUUGUUCAAUUUGGUGAUCGCUGCUGUUGAAAUAUCCUUUGUCCAGCUGGUGUUUAUUGUCAUGAAUAUUUUCUUAGAGCUACAUUGAAUACAUGAAAACAUGAAUAUUUUAUAUCUUUAGUUUCUUGUGUAAAUCUGCCUCUCUGUGGUUUGGAAAAUGUAUUGGUUUUUUUUGCUUGAUUUUCUUGAGGGAAUUACAAAUAUCAAGUUAGAACAAUAGAUAACAUCAGUGGGUGGUUAAAAUGGACUGUGUGCUUUACGAAUGGGAAGGUGUUAUUUAUCCUCGCUAUUCAGCAACUAAAAAUAAUGAAAACAUUAAAAUGAAACAAGCAAUUCUCA